AUGGGCAGCGCAACAAAGGGCACGUCGAAGCGCCCCAACUUCCUCUUCAUUCUUGCUGAUGACCUGGGCUUCUCGGACAUCGGGUGCUAUGGCAGCGAGAUCCAAACGCCCAACAUCGACCGAUUGGCAUCUGAGGGCAUCCGCAUGCUCAAUCAUCAUGCUGCUGCCGCUUGUUCCCCCACAAGAGCAAUGCUGCUCAGCGGAACCGACGCUCAUCUCGGCGGACUGGGCGUGCUGAUCGAAUACAAGCAAAACGCGAUCGGGGCUAAAAGGUAUUCCGGCAAAGCUGGCUACGAGGGGUUCCUCAACAAUGACGUCGCGACGCUUCCUGAGAUCCUGAGCGACAAUGGAUAUUUCACGGCUCUUUCCGGCAAAUGGCAUCUUGGUCUACGCGCAAGUCACGGCCCGCGGGAGCGUGGCUUCCAGAAGGCGUUUGCGAUGCUGCCGGGCUGUUGCAGUCACUACGCGUGGGAGCCAGUGCAGGAGCGAUUUCCCUUGGGCGGGUCGCCCAUUCACACUGAGAAUGGCACCAAGGUUGACAUUCAGCCCAACAAGUCCGAAGACCCCAAUGGCUUUUAUUCGACCGACGAGUACACGAACCGUCUGAUUCAAUAUCUCGAGGACCGGUCUCCAGAAGAAAAAUCGAAGCCUUUCUUCGGGUUUCUCCCUUAUACCGCUCCACACUGGCCGCUUCAAUGCUCGAAAUCACGGAGAGAUAAGUACAAGGGAGUGUACGAUGACGGCCCAUAUGCCCUCCGUGAGCGCCGACUCAACAGGCUCACCGAGAUGGGUAUCAUUGAGGAAUCGGUCGUCCCGCACGGGGUCGAGACAACGACGCAGAAUGUCGGUGAGUGGGACGAGCUCACGGCCGAAGAGAAGAAGCUCUCUAGUCGUGCCAUGGAAACAUACGCUGGUAUGGUCGACUCGAUGGAUGUCAACGUCGGUAAGGUGAUCGAGUAUUUGAAGAAAAUCGGGGAAUAUGACGAUACGUUCAUUGUGUUUAUGAGCGACAAUGGAGCCGAGGGAGCAGCAAUGGAAGCCAUUCCUGUUAUGGGCGAGAAGAUAACGACUGCUAUCCAUCAGUAUUAUGAUAACUCACUGGAGAACAUUGGCAACUACAACUCCUUUACGUGGCUCGGUCCACUCUGGGCCCAGGCUUCGACGGCACCAUCGAAGUUGUUCAAGGGGUUCCCUUCGCAAGGUGGUAUCCUGGUCCCCUGUGUCGUCAAGCCGCCGACCAAUACGUUUCUACCUUCCUUCUCACCCGGCUCAUUCAAUCGCUCCUUCACUACCGUCAUGGAUUAUCUCCCGACAUUCAUGGAACUAGCAGGCCUUUCUCAGCCCGAAUCAAAGAAGACGACUGUGCAGUUGACCACCGGCACCGUAACGCGCCAAAUGAGCAGCUUCCGCGGGAAGGUAGUACAUGCCAUCCGAGGCAAAUCAUGGAUCCCAUUCUUCGCUCGAGGCACAAAAGAGGAAGAAGACGAAAUGUGGUACAUUCACCCCUCAUCUGAGCCUAUAGGGUGGGAACUGUUUGCCCGCGGUGCUCUACGCAAGGGAGAUUGGAAGAUCGUUCAUAUCUCGAAGGCAAAUGGAGGGGUCGGCGUGGGGGAUGAUGGCUGGGAACUCUUUAACGUUGUUGAAGAUCCGGGUGAGACGAAGGAUCUAGCGGACGAGAAUCCGGGGAAGUUAAAGGAGCUUCUGAAUCAUUGGGAUGAGUAUGUAGUUGAGUGUGGGAUCGUGUGGGGGGAGACGGCGGUGACUCCGGGUAUUGGAAAGGACGAGGCGCCCGAACUGUGGGAGGAUGAGGUAGAGCUGCAGAAGUCGUGGAUGGGAGCUCGGGUGGGCGAGGUUCCUGCAAGUUGUCAAUGA